GCUGCCUGUUUCUGUCCUCACGCACACUGCGGGGACACAGCGGCAGGUAUCGGUCUCUUCUCUGCAGAGGAAACAAAAACCUCCACAUGGAACCAGAUGUGAAAGAUAUGAUCCAGAUGUGAAAUGUAGCGGAGCCUCUGCGGAGAGAAACUCGUCUUUUUUUAACUCGUAACACAGGCGCGUUCAUGUAGUUUGAAAGUUUUUAAAACAGAAAUAAGUUUUGGGUUAAUUCCAACAUGCAGCCUUAGACCUGGAGUCGGUUUUCAGUCCGGAGGAGAUGAGGAGCUGCAGAGUCUAACUCCAGAGGACGUCAUGGGGAAAUGGGAGCUGACUAUGAACCCAGUGCAGGAGUGGGGCGAGGAGUUUGAGGAUGGCGCCGUGUACGGGAUCACCCUGCGCCGGGAGCCCGCCCCCCCCUCCGCCCCCCAAACCGACGAUGCAAAUCCGUCCUGCGCCUUCGUCCAGUACCGAACCUGCAAGGUGCGGCGCCUGAAGGCCGCCACGCUGGAGCUGCUGGUCAACCACCUGCUGGACCCGAGCUACCAGGAGCAGGACUACAGCACGAUCUUCCUCUCCACGUACAGAACGUUCACCGGCAGCUCCAAGCUCAUAGAGCUGCUCUUCCAAAGAGACAGUGCUGCGUCAGACCUGGACAACUGUGAAUGCUACAGGAGCCCUCUGUUAGCCUUCAUCCAGACGUGGUUGGAUGAGUUCAGCGAGGACUUCAGGGACCCCCCCCGGCACUCGGCCCUCCGGCUGCUGCUGGAUCACCUGAGCAUCAGCUCCGCGGUGCUCGACAACAUGCGCAGCCAACCCAACUUCUGCUCGUUGGCCGGGCAAGCUGAGGCGCUGCUCAAGAGCUUCCAGAGAGAAGAACCGGAGACGGACGUCGGUUCUGCUCUGGCGGAUCUGGAUCAGGAGGCCGAGGGAUCUGGUGACGACGAGGAUUCAGGAUGUGAAAACUCUCUGGAUCCAGGUGGGAUCAUGGAUUUCUCUGCUGCUGCCGUUGCCGAACAGCUCACCCGCAUGGAUUCUGCUCUGUUUGUCCGAGUGGUGCCGUACCAGUGUCUGGGCUGUGUGUGGUCUCAAAGGGACAAGAAGGAGAACAUGUCUCCCACCAUCCGGGCCACCAUCUCCCAGUUUAACGCCGUCACCAGCCAGGUGAUCAUGUCGCUGCUCUGCCAGCCCACGGACGCCACCUCCAGUCCCACCUCCUCCUGCCUCCCCCCCACUACUCCUGCACUAAGGGCCCGCAUCAUCGAGAAGUGGAUCAGAGUGGCACAGGAAUGUCGUCGGCUGAAGAACUUCUCGUCUCUCAGGGCGAUUCUGUCGGCGCUUCAGUCCAACGCCGUCUACAGGCUGAGAAAGACCUGGGCGGCUGUCAGCAGAGAGAGCAUGGCCACGUUCAACAACCUCUGGGAGACCUUCCCUGACGAGAACUGUGUCCUCACCAACAGAGAGCUGCUGGUGGAGGACGGAGGCCAGGCCAGCGUGGAUAACAUUUCUCCAAAGAUAUCCAAGCGGUGUCCGAUCUCCAGACAGAUGAGUACGUCCAGUGGAGUGGUUCCGUACCUGGGGACGUACCUGACCGUCCUCACCAUGCUGGACACCGCUCUGCCCGACACUGUGCAGAGUGGACUCAUAAACCUGGAGAAGAGACGAAGGGAGUUUGAGGUUCUGUCUCAGAUCCGUGUGCUGCAGGCGUCCUGCUCCCAGGACAACCUGCCCCAUCACCCCCGAGUCGCCGCCUGGCUGCAGGGACACAGGCUGCUCACUGACCAGGAGAGCUACGAGGUGUCGAGGCAGCUGGAGCCUCCGGUGGACGUCUGCUCCCCGACUCUGUGGAGCCACCGCACGCUCAGCAAGAAACUCUCCAGUCUCCUGACGGUGAGCGAUGGGUCGAAGAAGGUCCCGGCCGACCAGAUCAGCGUCUCCUCCUCUGGAUCCAGUGGAUCAGAGAUGGAGGAUCUCUCCUCCCCGAACUCGGCCUGUUCCAUCAGACUGCAGUCCUUUCACAGCUCAUGCAACAACGUGUCCGAGCCCUUCUCCUUGUCCUCCUCUGCCUCCUGCUCCCCGUGCUCCUCCGCCGCCUCCUCUCCAGACUCUCCCACUCCCUCCAGCUCCCCCUGCGACUGCCGGGCGGACCCUCACCCCCCGGCCUCGUCAUGCGGCGGCGGCGCACGGCCGAAGUCUUCCCUGGCCUCCCACCACAAACGCUCCGUGUCCAUGACCUCUCUGCCCGUGUACAACCGCCAGGUGGCCGACACGUGCAUCGUCAGGGUGAGCGUCGACUUGUCCAAGAGCAACGGCAACAUGUACAAAAGCAUCCUGUUGACCAGUCAGGACAAAACUGCUCAUGUGAUUCAGAGGGCGUUGGAAAAACAUCACCUUGAGCACAUGAGCUGGAAGGAGUUCACCCUGACGCAGGUCAUCUCCCAGGACAGAGAGCUGCUCAUCCCAGACAAAGCAAACGUCUUCUACGCGAUGUCCACAACAGCAAACUUUGACUUUGUCUUACGGCAAUUUCCCAAAGGCCAGAAGAAGCCACUGAGGGCCACGUCCAGCCUGGGGCGAUACACAAAGUAGCUCAGAGGGUCUGGAGGAGCUUCUAGAUGUCCCUGAAGGUCGUCUCACUUUUAAACAGAGGAAACUUUUUAAAAUGUGACAGACAAGACGAUGCAGAAGCACUUUAUGAAGAGGAAGCAGCCGAAACUGAUGAAGCUGAAGAGAAACGCCUGGAUCAGACUUGCUUUUAUUUCCUGUUGGAAUAAACUGGGCAUGAAUCUGAGCAUCAAACCAAAGAACUCCUUGAUUUUUUCCGCUGAGGUGUUUGAGUCCGCCGCUCGAGGUCACUUCAUUUAGUCGUUGCUAUGAGGACGUGCACAGAAACGCCGUCCAUCAAAGAGCAACACGUGCUGACAUCAGCGACCUAUAUAUCUAUAUAUCUAUAUAUAUAUACAUGAACGUUGAGAAAUAACACGGCUGGACGCUAACAAUAACCUGUGUGUUGGAAAAGGGAAUAUGGGUCAGAUGCUGUGCACAGCCGGUAUCUAACUCCCGGCGCCCCCGCGGCGAGCUGUCGGCCUGCUGCAGAUGAGACCCCCUGCUGUGCUGACGUGUUGCCAUACGAGGAGUGGGAGGAGACGCUCUCAGCAGGGAUCAGCGUGUUCCCUGCGCGUCUCAGACAUGUUGCCGUGAUGCUUAUCGUGCGCGACUCGCAGCCCCGACCGGAAAGAUGGCAUUCCUGAACUCUGGUUACCAUGGCAGCAGCAGCAGAUGUUUGAUGGACGGGGACGUAAAUGCAAAUGAAGCAACAAUAAGGGCGAACUGUUCUUUCAGUGACUGAGUCAGAUGUUUUCUAUUUAUUUUCACUUUGGUUCCACUACGGUUCACCUUGAAUGCACCUUUAUUGACACGUUGUGAUGACUCACGAGGAUUUAACUUGUCCUCUGACUCUGAUUUGGAGACAUGGUUGAUUUAAUGUGGCCAGAAUUUCUGAUGAAAACUUGUGAGAAUAUUUAAAAUGUUUUAUUUUGUAACUUAAUUGUGUUUAACAGUGUGGCUCAGACUUGUGGAGCUGGGAUGUAACUGGUCCUGUGACGUGAUCGUUUGACAACAAACCACAACCUCCCCAAGAAUGAACAUUUUAGAAUAAACUUAUUUCUCCUGAAACUGUGCAAUAUCACCCCCUCUCCUGGUAACUUAUAAAUAAUCUUGGCUUAUAAAUAACUGCAAAUUGUUCAAUCUUUUUUGAUGAAGACAAAUGUCAGAGUUGUAAAACAAAAUGAAUAAACUGUCUGAAAAAAUGAAUUUCUGCCAAAUUUCCAUUAAACAAAUGUACUUAUUGUC